CCAUAACCCACUUGCCUUCUCUAUGAUCAUUCGUAUGGCGCCCGACUUGGCCGAAGAGAUCAAACGCGUCGAGGCCCAAGGUGGGGCCCCCCGCAUCAAAUUUGGUCCUCUGCCCAAUAAUCCCAUUGGCAAUGUUAUUGAUCUGGAUGGGAAGGAGUUUACAUUUACAUGGUCGCGGGAAUUUGGAGACCUCUGUGACAUUUAUGAAGAGCGUGAAAGUGGUGAAAGUGGAAAUGGAUUGCUAGUUGAAUCAGGAUGUGCAUGGCGCAAAGUAAAUGUGCAGCGUAUCUUAGAUGAGUCAACUAAGAACCAUGUUAAAAUGCGGUCAGAGGAAGCUGAGCGCAAGCAUAAAUCCCGCAAAGCCAUUGUGUUAGAACAAAAUACAGCUAUGAAGAAUCAAUUAAAGCAAUAUGCUGCUGGAACUGGUAAG